AUGAAUGAACGAAUGUUCUAUAUAUUUGUUAAUAUAAUUAUGGAUGAAAAUAUACUUCGUUCACGUCAAAAAGUAGCAAGUAAAAGUGAUGAGAAAACUUCCGAUCAAGAAAAAGAAAAGAUGUUAAUAAAAAAUCGAAAACAAACUGGUGAAAAUUAUGAUUUUGGUGAUAUAGAAAAAGUUCCAUCUAAUAUUGAAAAUAUUAUGGAGAAAUAUUUUUGA